AUGACCCGCAAGAACGGGGCUGGUAACGGGCAGGGUGUGUCGCUAUCCGGUGCGGGCCAGUUCGAUGAUGACGUCUACGGGAAAAGCGGGGCUUUUGAUAGCUCAAUUGGUCCUGCCGGCGACACGGACGACGUCGGCAUGUCGACCGACGUAAGCAUGAGCAGUCGCCAAUAUACUGCCUCCCAGGCUCUGGUGGAUGAAGUGCGCCAGCAAGGCCCAGAGGAGGAUCCGUUCGCCCCUUACCGCCGUGAGCGUAUUGCCGACCGUGAGACAGAGUAUCAGGCGCGUCGCCACAACCGCAUCAUCUCCCCCGAACGUGCCGACCCCUUCGCCGAAGACGAGGCCCCGGCCCAUGCUCGCACAUACUCGGACGUGAUGCAGGACCAGGCUAUCGCCAAGGAAAAGAACGAACUCUUGCGCAAACUCCAGAAGCAACAGCAAGAGGAGGCGGAAGAGGCUCAGAAGCGUGGCGCGGCUGGUGGAAUGGACACUCAGGCUGAUGCCCCGCCCCGCCCAGCUACCAACACCGCCAAGCGCGCGGCCGGCUGGGACGAUGAACCUGCCACGUCCCAGGCACAGAGUGCGACUUCUGGAGCUGCAUGGGAUGACAGCGAGGGCACCGGUGGUGCCACGUCCUCAGCCUCUCGCUGGGAUGCCCCGACACCCACGCGCAAGAAAUCUCGCUGGGAUGAAACGCCAGCCAGCAGCACGGCCAGCAGUGUGACAGCAACGCCCACGCGCAAGAAAUCUCGCUGGGAUGAGACGCCCGCCAGCACACCCACCAACAGCAGCAUGAUGGCGGCCACGCCCGUCAACUACGGCGCCACGCCCAUGGGGGCAGCAGCCAUGGGCAUGGCUACCCCCUCGCUUACUGCUGAGCAAAUGUCGCACAUGACUCCGGAACAGGUCCACACGUAUCGCGUGGCAAAGGAUAUUGACGAGCGUAACCGACCCAUGUCAGACCAGGAGCUAGACACGCUGCUACCGCCGGAUGGGUACAAGAUUUUGGAUCCACCCGAGUCCUACCGUCCGAUCAACACGCCCUCGCGCCUCCUCAGUGCCACGCCUACGCCCAUGGCCGGUGAUCAGGGCUUUGAAAUGCAGUUGGAAGACCACGACAAGAGCCGCUUUGGCGUGACAACACUGAACGACGAUUCUUUGCCCGCCCUCAAGCCUGAGGAUGAGCAGCAUUUUGCCAAGCUCAUGGAGGACGUGGAUGAGAGCCAGCUGGACGUGGAUACCCUCAACGAGCGCCGCAUUAUGAAGCUCCUGCUCAAGGUGAAGAACGGCACACCGCCCAUGCGUAAGACGGCCCUGCGCCAGAUUUCAGACAAGGCGCGCGAAUUUGGCCCGGGCCCCCUCUUCAACCAGAUCCUUCCCCUGCUCAUGGCUCCCACGCUGGAAGACCAGGAGCGUCACUUGUUGGUCAAGGUCAUUGAUCGCGUGCUCUACAAGCUCGAUGACCUUGUGCGUCCCUAUGUACACAAAAUCCUCGUCGUGAUUGAACCCCUGCUGAUUGAUAAGGAUUAUUACGCGCGUGUGGAGGGCCGUGAAAUCAUUUCCAACUUGGCCAAGGCUGCCGGCCUUGCCACCAUGAUCUCCACCAUGCGCCCGGAUAUCGAUGACAUGGAUGAAUACGUUCGCAACACGACUGCGCGUGCCUUUGCCGUCGUGGCCUCGGCCCUUGGUAUCCCCUCGCUGCUGCCCUUCUUGAAGGCUGUUUGCCGCAGCAAAAAGUCAUGGCAGGCCCGCCACACAGGCAUCAAGAUUGUGCAGCAAAUUGCCAUCCUCAUGGGUUGUGCCAUCUUGCCCCACCUCCGCAACUUGGUUGCCAUCAUUCAGCACGGCCUCACGGACGAGCAGCAAAAGGUCCGCACCAUCACAGCCCUUUCCCUGGCCGCCCUGGCCGAAGCGGCCACGCCCUACGGUAUCGAGUCCUUUGAUAGUGUCUUGAUUCCCCUCUGGCAAGGUAUCCGCGAGCAUCGUGGCAAGGGCUUGGCUGCCUUCCUCAAGGCCAUUGGCUACAUCAUUCCACUCAUGGAUGCCGAAACAGCGGGUUAUUAUACCCGUGAAGUCAUGGUCAUCCUUGUGCGUGAGUUUCAGUCGCCCGAUGAAGAGAUGAAGAAGAUUGUGCUCAAGGUGGUCAAGCAGUGUUGUGCGACGGACGGCGUGACGGCAGCUUACAUCCGUUCGGACAUUUUGCCCCAUUUUUUCAAGCACUUUUGGAACCAGCGCAUGGCAUUGGACCAGCGCAACUACCGCGAGCUCGUGGACACGACUGUUGAGCUGGCCAACAAGGUUGGUGCUCGCGACAUUGUCGAGCGCCUUGUGGACGAUCUCAAGGACGACAGUGAGGUCUACCGUAAGAUGGUGUUGGAGACGGUCGACCUGACUCUUAGCAACCUCGGUGCGGACGACAUUGACUCGGGCUUGGAGGAGCGGCUGAUGGAUGGCAUCCUCUACGCCUUCCAGGAGCAGGUGACGGAGGACCGCGUUAUGCUAAACGGCUUUGGCGCUGUAGUCAAUGCCCUGGGCACGCGCGUUAAGAGCUACCUCACGCAGAUUGCCGGUACCAUUCUAUGGCGUCUGAACAACAAGUCAGCCAAGGUACGCCAGCAGGCUGCUGACCUGGUAUCGCGGAUUGCAGUGGUGAUGAAAAAGUGCGACGAGGAGCAACUGCUGAACCAGCUGGGUGUUGUGUUGUACGAGUACCUGGGUGAGGAAUAUCCCGAGGUCCUCGGCUCCAUUCUUGGCGGCCUCAAGGCCAUUGUGAGCGUUGUGGGCAUGGAGCGGAUGAAGCCUCCCAUCAAGGAUCUGCUGCCGCGCCUAACCCCCAUCUUGAAGAAUCGUCACGAGAAGGUGCAAGAGAACUGUAUUGAUUUGGUGGGUCGUAUCGCCGAUCGUGGUGCCGAGGCCGUCUCCUCCAAGGAGUGGAUGCGUAUCUGCUUUGAGCUGCUCGAGCUGCUCAAGGCGCACAAGAAAGCGAUUCGUCGCGCCACCGUCAACACGUUUGGUUAUAUUGCCAAGGCCAUCGGCCCUCAGGACGUUUUGGCCACUUUGCUCAAUAACCUCAAGGUUCAGGAGCGUCAGAACCGCGUUUGCACGACGGUGGCCAUUGCCAUUGUAGCCGAGACCUGUGCGCCCUUUACCGUCCUGCCAGGCUUGAUGAACGAGUACCGCGUUCCGGAGCUCAACGUGCGUAACGGCGUGCUCAAAUCACUUUCCUUCGUAUUUGAGUACAUUGGAGAGAUGGGUAAGGACUACAUUUACGCUGUCACGCCCAUGUUGGAGGAUGCACUGAUGGAUCGUGAUCCCGUACAUCGACAAACCGCUGCCUCCGUCAUCAAGCACAUGUCCCUGGGCGUGUACGGCUUUGGCAAUGAAGAUGCCCUGAUUCACUUGCUCAAUUAUGUCUGGCCUAACAUUUUCGAGACAUCGCCGCACGUGAUUGGCGCCGUUAUGGAUGCAAUUGGCGGUAUGCGCGUGUCGCUGGGUCCCAACAAGAUCUUGAGCUACACAUUGCAGGGUCUCUAUCACCCAGCUCGCAAGGUGCGCAACGUGUACUGGAAGAUCUACAACAAUCUAUACAUUGGAGCGCAAGACUCGCUGGUGGCGCACUACCCGACCAUCCAUAACGACGAAACCAACACCUAUCGCCGUGCCGAGCUGGAAUAUGUCAUGUAGACUAAGUGAUAGGUGGGCGGGCACUGCCAACAUUUUUAGAUGCGGGUUUGGGCUGCAUUUCUUGAGACGGUGCUUCUAUUCUUUCUUUCUUUUUUCUUUGGUGAGGAAAUGGAACCAAAUUGACGUGGAACGAUC